GGAAGGAGCACGCUGUGCACAACAGCAGCGAGAGGAGACGGCAGCGCGGCGUUUCUCUCUCUCGGAGCCAAGCGGCUGGAAAAAGCAGCCCUCAAACCAAGUCCAGCCCGCCCCAUCGGGGCCUUCUUAGCCAGCGGUCUGCCGCCCCACACUCCGGACGUUUGCUUUGGAGCAGGCACAUGGAGCCUGGGUGGUUUCUCUGCAGAGGCAAAGCGCGCUGAGCUCAGCCGGCCCCUCGUCGCCUCCUGCCAGUCCGCACUUUCAAGUUUGCCUUUUUUCCCUUUUCUUUUUUGCAAGUCUGCUCUUUUCUGGAGACAGGUUGCAAGGAUCGCCGCGCGGGGCUUGGAUUUGGCAAUGCUCCGACACUGGUGGCUCGUUGGGCUCUUCGUAGCUUGUGCAUCUGGAAAGAAGCUAUGGGAUGUCCCCAAAUCUCACACAGAUCAGAUCAGCCCAGGAAAACUGCGGUGGGAGCCGCAGUGCCAGUUCCAAUUGCGCCACCUGCAGGACGGCGCUAGAAUUUCAGCUCUCCUGCCUCCCCGGCUGGAAGGUCACUGGAUUUCAACAGGGUGUGAGGUACGUCCAGGACCUGAAUUUCUCACCCGGUCAUAUAUGUUCUAUGCCAACCGCCUCUUCAAAGCCUAUCAGUUCUACUACCGAGACCCUUCCUGCCGGGAGCCCACCUACUCCCUGGUCAUCAAAGGCAAAGUCAGGCUCCGCCAGGCCUCCUGGAUCACUCAGGGUGCCACAGAAGCAGAUUACCACCUUCACAAAGUGGGCAUUGUCUUCCACAGCCAGAGGGCCAUGUGGGAAACUGUGGCCCGCAUCAACCAGACUUCAGGAGAGCACUGCAAGGGGUUCUUGUCAGCUGGGCGGACUUGGGCUCCUGGUGCCCUCUAUGAGCUCCUGAGUGCCAAAGCUGAGCGGGAUUGCACUGCGGGCCUCAGCUUUGCCAUGCACGAACUUAGCCUUGUACGAGUGGAGAAGUACCACCAGCCCUUGUUCCUUCAGCAAAACCAGGGGAGCAGGGAGGUGGAGGAGCUGUAUCUGGGGGACAUCCACACGGAAUGGUUGGAGAGGCUCCAUUAUCGGCCGACAGGAUAUCAGUGCCCCCUGCAGAAUGCAAUGCACCACAUCCAUCCAUGCCCUGCCUGUGGGAUGAUAUACAGAGCUGAUGAACACCACCCACCCAUAUUGCCCGCAAAGCCUGACCUCCCUAUGCUGCUAAGCGGCCAGUGGGUCAGCACUCGGUGUGAGGUCCGCCCGGCUGUGCUUUUUCUCACAAGGUACUUCACCUUCCACGGCAACAACCGCAGCUGGGAAGGCUACUACCACCACUACUCUGACCCUCUCUGCAAACAGCCAACUUUCACGGUGUACGCCUCGGGCCACUAUACGCAAGGGGCGCCAUCCCUCAUUGUGAGAGGAGGCACCGAGCUGGUCUUCAAGGUGACCUGCGCUUGGGUGACGCCGAUGGAUCAGGUAACUGUGGCAAUGCUGAACUCCUCUGACUUCGGGAGCUGCGGGGAGGCUGGUUCGUGGAGCAUCGGGCAGGAGCUGGACGUGACUCACACAAACGGCUGCGCGGCUCUGGGAAUCAGACUCCCCCACACGGAGUACGAACUCUUCAGAAUUGAACAGGAUGCAAAGGACCGCAGCUUGCUCUUCAUCGGGGAGAGGCCAACAGAUGGGUCGAGCCCCAACACACCCAGCAAACGCCCUACAUCUUACCAGGCCCCUCUCCUUCAGUGCGGAAGAUCCUCAGGAGCUUUAGCGAGGCAUGUUAAGCCAAGUUACCUGGGAAGGUUGGGCACUGACAGUAAUAGCGGAGCCCUGAAGACAUUGCCUUGGGCAUCUCUGCUAGCCUCUCUAGCUGUACAGCUGGCCAGGUGGGACUAGUCGCUUAGAUAUUUUGGUCACUGGGCUGCUGCACAGAAUCCAGACAGCCUUAGCAUUAAGACUGAUGCACAUGCACACUAAAAUGAGCACAUUUGGAAAUGGUUUCAUUUUAUACCUUACAGGUAGGCACAUUAUAUUUUUUUAAUGACAGGUGAAGCCCAGUGGAUGAGCUUUCCCCCUUCAUACUUGCCUAAGUAUGGACAUGGACCUCUGAAUCUGUGUCCUUCAGCUUUUUAUCAGGUGGCUUAAAUUGUACUAAACACACACUACUGUCUAUUUCUAAAGAGGUCUAGGAUAAACCUGCAGCCCUCCCCCCCCCCCAAAAAGAACAGUUCUGCUUUCGUGGGAUAAUUUCACCUUGUGGUUGUUCUGGAUCAGUCUUACACAGACACAUUGUUUGCCAGUUUGUACAAAAUGUAAGCCAACUACUCAAAACAUAAAUGUUGGAAUUAGAGAAUCUGCUGUCUAGCAUCCAUAUAAUGUACCAUGUGUGUGGAAAUGUACAUGCAUAUUAAAAUGCUUGUUUUAAAAAUGAUGGGGGGGAGGGGCUAGAUUGGGACAGCAUUUAACACUAUUGUUUUGCAGCCUGACCACAGAGGCUGGGUUUGCACAUAAAGCUCAGCUAUGGUUCAGCACUACAUGCAGGAGCAGAAAGUAGCCUGCACAGGUGGGAGAAUGAUUUUGCUGGAGUUCAGUUUUUCCACUAAUUUAAUCCUACCUUGUCAUCUCAUACAAACCAGAGAUCAUAGUGUUUUGUUUUGUUUUUAAACUCAGUUUCAAGACAAGCCAAUAUCAAAUUAUUCAUUUAAAAAUAUUUUAAAACUUUCAUUCAAAAAGAAAAUUCCAAGGUGGGGUGCAGUAUCAAUAUAAAACAAUUAAGUGAAAAGACAUUAAAACAAAAUACAGUAGCCAAAUGCAGUAGUCAGAGAAAUAGCUCUGACUGCACAUCAAUGGCCUGAAAAUGCCUGAGCAAAGAAAUACAUUUUCAAACAGACAGGGAAAGCACAUUAUGAGCAUUGCCUGCUGUGUCUCAGAGAACAUAAGAACAGCCCUGCUGGAUUAAGCCAGGGGCCCAUCUGGUCUGGCAUCCUGUUCUCGCAGUGGCCAACCAAAUGCCCAUGGGAAGCCCACAAACAGGACCUGAGCACAAGAGCACUCCUGCUGCGGUUUCCAGCAACUGGUAUUCAGAAGCAUUCUGCCUCCGUCCCUGGACGUGUAACAUAGCCAUCAUGGCUAGAAGCCAUUGAUAGCCUUAUCCUCGAUGAAUCUGUCUAACCCUCUUUUAAAGCCAUCCGAGUCGGUGGCAAUCUCUGCCUCCUUUGGGAGCAAACACCAUAGUGUGACUUACUGCGUGAAGAACUUCCUCUUGUCCUGAAUCCUCCAGCACUCAGCUUCAUUAGUUGUCUGCGAGCUCUAGUGUUAGAAGACACAGAGAAAAGCUUUUCUCUAUCCACUUUCUCCAUGCCACGCAGAGGAGAGACAAAGAGCCACUACAGAAAAGGCCAACCUCCAUGUUGCUGCAAGGUGGAUUAAUGCAGGUCCUGGCAUAGGCAGGAGGGUCUCCUGUGAAGAUCUUAGUGGACAGGAAAGGUCAUAUGGGAGUGUUCUUUCAGGUACCUAGGUCUCAGGUUGUUUAGUGUUUUAUACAUUAAAAGAAAUUACGAAGCUAGCUUGUUUAACUGACCAGUGUUGUCAAUUAUGAUUUCUGUUUUGUAUGGCAUGACAACUCAGGAUUAUUGGAAAGGCAAAUGAAAUACUAGCAAAGUCCUUUUUGCUGGCUGUGCUGGAGGUGAGGGGAGAGCGGUGCCAAGCCUGAGGCUUUGCGUAGGCUGCCUUCCUGCUCUCUCACACAGUGCUGAACCAUUGUUUGGCAUUACACGUGAACCAGGCCACAAUAUCUGGAUGCUCCUCUCGAAGUGUGGGUGAGUUGUUCAUAUGACUAGCCCUGAGACUCUUGGGUUUUUUUUUAGAAUUCUGAGGAUCCCAGCUUUUAAAAUGAAGAUAGCAUGAAUCUAGGACUAAGCUUGAAAAGAAAGUAGCAAAUUAAUAACAAUAAUAAUAACAAUAACAAUAAUGAUUCAGCCUGUGUAUCCGUGGGAAGGCGCCUUAUACCGAACUGGACCACUGGUCCACCUUACUUAGUAUUGCCUACGUGGACUGUGCAGUGGCUCUCCAGGGUUUCAGACCAGGGUCUCUCCCAGCCUGAUGUGGGGAAUAAAACCCGGGACCUUCUGCAUGCAAGGCAGGUGUUUACAACACCCCCUCCCUGCUUAAUUAUCCUAAUACACCUGGGAGGAAAGGAGGCACCUAUUGGUUAACAGAAAAUGCUCAGAAGGGUAUUUGUUUACACUCUCAGCCAUUUUCCACUGUGAAAAAUAACCCAGUGCGAGUUUUCUGGCAUUACAGGCCUCUCCAAUCAGUCAACAAAGCAACAUCCAAUUGAGUUAACUCUGAAAUACGCAGCUUCUGGCAACAGGCAAAAAACUCGUGAUUUCACAUUGUCCGAUCAAACUUUUUUUGGCAGCCAUUCUUUAGAGCUAUAGAGUUCCAGCAACUGUGUUCUAUGAAGUAAUUUUUAUUUUAGUUUUUUGGCAAUAAGGAGCUGUGCAUAAAAAAAACCCUAAGAGAGAACUGAUGACCAUGACAAUCUUCAGUAUAAUUCAGGCUAAUAUAUAUGGGAUAGUAUAAUAUAAAAACCAAUGCCUUCUUUUUAAGCUAUACAGGACAGCAGAUUCCUGAAGUAAUCAGAUCUUCUUGGAAAGUCUGUCUCUUCUCCAAAUGUCUUGAAGAAUUCUCUCCCCCCCCCAAAAAAAACCUCCCUCUUUCAGCUGUGCAACUACAAUUUACAUGGUAUACUUAAAACAUUGUGGGUAAUAUGUAGAUAAUUGCUGGGUUUUUAUACAAAUACCAGUGGGGAACUGUGCAUUAGCAACCGAUUCAGAUGUAAUGCUUAUCUUAAUUUUUUAAAAAUGUAUUACAGCAUGUUACAUUCUUUUUCUA